AUGAACGACAACUCAGAUACCGACGGCAAAGCCGACCAUCUUUGCGUGCUCGUUCACGGCCUCUGGGGUAACCCCUCGCAUCUAGACUACCUCAUAUCCGCGCUCAAGGAACGCCAUGGUCAAGACCGACUCUAUAUCCUCGCGGCGCAGCGCAACUCCGGGAUGUAUACCUACGACGGCAUUGAGUUGGGCGGCGAACGAGUCGCGCACGAGAUUGAAGAUACCCUGGAGCAACUGGCCGGCCAGGGCUACCAGAUCAAGAAACUGAGUGUAGUGGGCUACUCGCUCGGCGGUCUGGUUGCGAGGUAUGCCAUUGGCCUGCUGGAGGCAAGCGGGUAUUUGGACAAGGUCGAGCCAGUGAAUUUCACCACUUUUGCGUCUCCGCAUGUCGGCGUGCGUACGCCUAUCAAGGGCCUGCAUAGUCAUAUGUGGAAUGUGCUGGGUGCGCGGACUAUAUCCAUGUCUGGGAGACAGCUGUUCAUGAUUGACGACUUCCGCGACACCGGCAAGCCACUGCUUAGCAUCCUGGCUGAUCCAAACAGCAUUUUCAUGCGGGGGCUGGCCAGGUUCAAGAACCGUUCCGUCUACUCGAACAUUGUCAAUGAUAAAUCCACCGUCUUCUACACGACGGCCAUCUCGAAAGUCGACCCGUUCCCAAACCCGGAGGGCACGCAUUUCAACUAUGUCAAAGGAUACGAGCCGGUCAUCAUCGACCCGGACAUGCACGUUCUGCCACGGGAACAGGUUCAAGCAGACAAGGAAAGCGUUCUAACCAGAUUAUACACGCUCUUCGACAAGGUGUCGUUUGCCCUGAUUCUCUCGGUUUUCAUCCCCGUCGGCUCUGUGCUCUUUCUCCUGAAUUCGGUCGUUCAGAACUUCCUCAGCCAGCAGCGAAUUAAGCUCUACGAGCAGGGGAAGACGGACUUGCUGCCCGGCCGUUACAGAGUUCCCUUGAUCAUGCAGGACGUGCGGGGUGCGGUAGAAGAUGUAUUUGAGAAUCUCAACUCAUCCCAGGCCAACGAAUACCUCUCCGAGCAAGACGCAGAGUAUCACAAACAGGUCAAACUCCAAAAACGGAUGAGUCAACGGAAAUCAAUACCGACUGAAGAUAAACACAAUGAAGAAGUAGAAGAAGAGCAAAGACCACUCCUGCAGCAAACUGAAUUCGACGCCGGUCAGACCGAGUCCGAGUUCCCCAUUCUCGCGCUCACGCCAGCUCAGUUCGAGAUUAUCGAUUCGCUCAAUGCCAUUGGCUUCCGCAAGUAUCCUGUUUAUAUCCACAAGGCGCGACACAGCCAUGCGGCGAUCAUUGUGCGGAUGGCGCGGGCGUCGUUUUCGGAGGGCAAGAUUGUGGUGAAGCAUUGGUUGGAUAAUGAGUUUCAUCUGUAA